CAAGUUAUAGCUGUUGUGUAGAUCUCCUCUUUGAGAAUAUUAAAUAUUAAAAUAAAAAUGUUCUCCUUAAAGAUGAAAUUCGAUAGUGUUUUAGUGCAAAUAACCUUAAUUUUAAUUUUAUCUGCAUUUGCUUAUGGUCAAAAUCAAAGUGAAACUUUUGGAAGCCUCAAUAAGUAUUCAAAAUUAAUUUACAAUGAAUCAUUCACAUACUCAGCAAUAGAAGAUAACAUAGUCUCAAUAAGUGAGAGAUUCAACGCAACUGAGAGAAUUCACGGAAUCAAAUUAAUAGAUGAGAGUGGAACUGGACUGUCGAGUAAAAUUUUAGAUGGCGGUCGUUUUAACAAAUAUGUUGUUUUGGAAAUAAAUUCGACACAAAAUGAUCAUGAUUUGAAAUUUAGAAUUGAAAUGUAUAAUGCUGACACAGAGAUGCUUGAAAAUGAAGCUUUGAGGAAGAGGUGUUGGUCGAUAUUUGCAGUUAUUAUUGUUGUAGGAAUAAAUCGAAUUUUAUAAGAAAAAUAAAAUUG